AUGGCGCCAUCUAGUGCAGCAAAUGUUGACGUCGCAUAUUCACCUCCCGGCUCGCCAGUUUCACCCCAUAAAGAAAUUAAACGCUCAGAUCCCGAUAACAAACCCCAACCAGAAUCCAACCAACUGCCUGAUGGAACACCACUAGGCGAGAGCAUAGAAACUCUUAUUGACCAAUGGCAAAAAUGCAUCAGCGAGCUUCAGCAUCUCCAGCAGAUUGCCGAUGCCGCCAGCCGGCCGGUGCGGGGUUUGAGUGCCCUGCUCAAGGUCCAGCAGCGCGCACUUGACAAGGUUGUGCAGAAACACCGCUCACCGGACGGCUCCACGAUCUCGGCUGCCCAGUUCUUCGGAAUCAGGAGUUGUUGCUGGGACGACAGAUGGGCUGUUGUCAAGAAGUGCCGCGGUUUGGUCGCUAUCAAUAAGGAGUUCCCCCGGAGUCCUCGUCUGCCUGUUGCUCCUGAUGCAGGAUGGCUGGCGUACAAGGACCAGCCUUUCCAGGAGAAGACCGUGCUGGUUGAUGCUGUUGUUGAUAGCGGGGCUACAUGGAUCAAGUUCAUCUCGAUUAACCCGAGGACGCUGGAGUAUCAGGUCAUGGCUGAGGGCUGGGCCAGUGAGCCGGAGGAUAGCAGCGAUGGGGAGGGCGAAGCUGACGCGGAUGAUGGGUUAAUCCAUACCGAGUUUGCUAACACAGUCAAAAAGAUUGUGCUAGCAGCCCGUUGGAAUCACUGCCAUCGCUUGCAUCUUAUCCUUCCCAGCCUACAAGAGGGCAAGUCUGAGGUCGUCGACAGGAUGAUCCGUUUUAUCCGGCAAAAGAUUGGCGGAGAGGACGUCAUGGUCGAAGUCACCUGUGCUAACAGCUCCUUCUUGACCGAUGCCCCUCCUGCUGUCGAUGUUGCCAUCACGGCUCUCAUCCAAGAACGUGACCCACUGGUGGCAGAGGACUGUGCCCGUCUGACAGAUAUGGUCAACCUUGAUCCAAGCGUGCUUGUCGCGCUGGUAACGGAUCUUCACCACGGACCGGUUCCUCUGCAGCCAGCAUCUCAGCAAAAGAUCAUCGUAAAGGCAAUCGAGGAUCACGAAACCGAUAACAACGAUCUGGUGCCGCGUCAGGAAAUCUUGGCGAAAGUCCUUUACCCGGCUCUUCGUGGUCGCAAGCUGGUGUGCACUAAGUUCGCGGCAGCCUACUUCCGAAAGCUCAUCAGCGCCAUCUCGACACGUUCGGAGGAGGUUCGUGCCUCCUUCGUUCUUCCGCCUGCCGACGCUUCAGACUCGAAGGGUCCCUCUACCCAUGCCGAGCUCCUUCAAGAGUUCCAAAAAUGGUCCUCCGUACCUGUACCUUCGGAUCUUCAGUUUCCUGUUCAGAUAGUUCCUGAUGUGACCCUUUCCGAUAUCGAGACACUCAUUGCUAAUGGCCAGCUCCCCGCGAUAGCCCGCGGCGUCGCUGCUGAUCUCUCUCCUCUCAACCGCUCUGUCUAUUGCUAUGGUUGGGCGCAUCGUUUAACUACCGUAACCGGUCAUCGAGGUAUCGAGCGACAGAUUCAGUUGGCUGUGGCGCGGCACUGGACACGGAGUGAUGACGAAAACGCUGUGUUACCACCGCCAGAUGUGUGGCAUCGCCAUUUGGGUGGUUACUUGAUUCAUCGAGAUAAGCCGAGAGACUGGAGAGUGUUCUUAGAGGAUAGCGAAGAGGUCCCCGAGGAAUUGGUGCGCUGGACGUACCCAUGGACAACUUGGGGUCGCGGCAUUAGCACGUAUGGCUUGCCGGACACGAAGACAUGGGAAGGAGUUGGACACGCAGAGAAAACAGGAUAUGGAAGGAGGAUGAGCGGACGCGAGGCAAGACUUAAUCCCGGGAAGACAAAGCAAGAGGAAGACGAGAACGAGGAACCGGAACAGUCGUGA